UAAAAUUUCCUCACAAAUUUUUGAUGACUUGUUAUUGUUUUGAACCACCUGGUUGUACCUAACCUCAAAAUUUUUGCUGAAAAAUUAACUCUUAUUUUUAUUUUCUUCAGUUUUCUCAUGCUGGUAGUCUUCAAAUUUCGAUGGAGAAAAAUGUGACCAUACCCGCGUCGUGCACAAGCUCAUGUUACAUGCAUUAAUACAAUUUUUUCGGAACCUCAUCAUGAGUAACCCAGAAGAAAUACCUACGACAAGCGGCGGAGAAUCACCAGCAGCCCAGGUUGGAAAUAAUCAGAGUAAAAUAUUGCGAAACUCCCAAUAUGUUUACUCAUUGCGUCACGAGAACAAACGAUCAACAAGUGGAGCCUCAGUAUUAAAAUUAAAUUCGCAAAAAUCUAGUGCAAAGCGUCCCAAAAAAAAAGAACAAAAGAACCCAAUUAUCCCAAGAAUAGUAAUAAAAAGGCUCAAUAAUAGGAAAGGUAGGCGAAAGAAAACCAGUCGAAAAUCAAAAGGAACUAUUAAAACAGUACAAGGAAAUGUAGUGAAUCUAUUGGCUCCCACAACAGGGAUAAGUCCUGCGAGUGAAGAAGCUCCUUCAUCACCCAAAAAUAGUUUAGGAUCGAACAAUCAAAGCAUGGGAACGGCCAGUAACUGCAUCGAACCAAACCAAAACAAUGCUAUGCCCUGCGAUAGAAUGGUAAAGAAAAAUCCUAAUGAUAUGGAGGUUGACAGUCCCAGUAAUAACAACCCUUCUACACCCCAUGCCUCUGAAUCACCUCAAAUAAAUGCCACUCCAGAAGCUCCAGGCACCAAUUUGAACCCAGCAGGUAGAAUAGCUAAACUCUUUUCCGAAUCAGUAAAUUUAGAGCUAAAAGAACGCUUUAAUCCCAUGCAAAGUGAACAAAAUUCCGCCUCUUCCUCCUCCUCCACAAGAACUUUUGUUUUUGUGGAAACCGACAUGGAGGAUUUUUCAUCAAGCCCUUGUAAGGAAGAUAACCGAUCCGAAAGCGAGAUUCAAAACUUCACUUACUGUUCCCGCUCUGGCACUCCAAAGAAAAACUCGCCCAUACAAUUGAACCCUGAGCCAAAUGCAAGCAAAACUAAUCUUGAUUCAAAAUCCAGUAAUUUUUCCUCGUCAUGCACUAAUUCUCAUCCCAUGGAAUUUUUCCCUGUUACUUUUGUUGAACCAAAUUCAAAGUAGAAUCCUUAUGCAUAAGGACUGUUGCAAAUAGAACUGUUUUCCCUUACUCUCUCUGACACAGUUAUCUCUGGAAAUUAUCUUUGAGCACUAAUUUACAGUACUUAAGUUCAGUGCAUUUUUCUCCAGAUGGCUCAGAUAUUUUGAAAAGAAGAAGCAAUCACUUCAGUUACCUGGAAAAACUUAGCAUAAAUAGGUAAAAUGAAGUUGUAAACUUUCAGGACCAAGUGCACCGUUUACUUGAUCAGCAAGAUUUUACCGAUGAUUUUAACUUCAUUGAAAGUGCUUCAAUUCAUUCAAGCCCCCGGUUUGAAGCCCCCUAUAUCAGUGUUUAACCAUGCAUCAGUCCUAACAACUUCUUGUUUGUAUGAGCAGUUUCAAAUCAUGCUUGCUCUCUCAUUUUGUAAAAUUCUUUCCAACAGUAUCGUCAAAAUUUAAAUUAAGUUUGUCAAACUUCAGUUUCUUCUGUGUUGUAAAUUAAAAGUCAUAUUUUCCUAAGUUCAGUGAUCAGUAUUUUACCAAACUAUAUGCUCCUUCAUCGAUUUGAGAUCAUAACUGAGCAUUGGCCUUUCACACCAUCUUAAGAUUAACUGUUCAAUUUUUGAGUGUUGCAUCUUAAUUCAGAAACUAUUAACAAAUUCUUCUCAAUUCCUCUCUUUAUUUCCUCUCAGUUUAGUUCUUGUUGAAAUACUGUUCAUUUGAAAAUUAAUGAGAGAGAGGAUUUCGAGUGGAGGAGGAUAAAAGGAGGUACCUAGAUUGAAGCACAAAUUGCAGGAUGUAUUUUUUUGUUUUGUCUGUUACUGUCCUCUGUGGAGCGCCUCCUGGGAAUGAAUACUCUUUAAGCAGUUUGUUAAAUAAGGCUAUGUUUUUUCCAUGUAAAUGGUGUUGAUGUUUUCCUCCUUAUAAUAUUGCAAUUUAAACCCAAAUGAUGUUCGCAAACACUAAAAUUCCAUCUGGAGUCUUUCAAUUUAAGGGGAUUGAACUAUCAUCGCAGAUAUUCACUUGCCAAAAGCAGAACAGUUCCCCAUCGUUUUAGUUGCCAACACACCAAUCGAGUCCCUUUUUCCCAUCCAAAGUUGUGUUCUGCAAUUUCAUUCAAAUUGAUUGGGAGCCUCCGAAUAUUAAGCACUGUUUCCAAUCUAAUUAUUACAUUUGAACCUUGCCCUAUCCAGUUUUUAGUUGUUCUCUUGUUAUUUUUUUCCCCUGAAAUGUUCAUGUUUUUACCUAAUUUUUUUUUUUUUUCAUUGAAUUAUAAACUGAGAAUUCCCGUCAUUUUAAGUGCUCUCUGCCUUAUUUGAGGUUUUGUACCACUACUAUUCAGGAUCAUUUAUCCUUUUUGUGUAGGUGAAGAAUCCCGAUCAUUCCUUGAUAAGUUGAGAGACUGCUCAAUUAUGUAGAAUUUGAAUCGAAGAUUUGAGUCAAACUAUCUGUUACUUACUUUUGCUGCCUCGUCAACAUCUGUUUGCAGUGUCACAAGUACUGUUUAAUCACUAUUUUUGAAAUUGUACCCGACUUUUUUAUGGGUAUAAUGACUGUCAACUGAAACACCAUUUUAAGUUGCGGAACUUUUUUUAUAGUGUCAUCUUUUUUUAAAUAAUAUAAAUAAAGAAUAAUCAACCAGUUUCA